AUGCCUCCUCCUCUUCGGCGAUGGAUCGUUUCGACAAUCCUCGCUGUUUCUUUCUUCAUCCUUCUUUUUCACCUAUUGGCAGCUAAACCAUACAUUCCUCAUCUUCCUUACAGUCAGCCUUCAAAGUCCAAGCCUAAAGUCAAGCCUAUCGAUCAAAUCCUCAAUCCGGGCUUUUUCAAGCCCAAAUUCAAGUGGAAGAACGUCAGGCAGAAACAUCCCGUGGAGGCCUACACCCCGAUCCCCACCGGACAGCAUGUCACCAUCCCAAAGGUACAGCACGACUUCCCGCCCGAGAGCGCUGCACWCGCACAGACACGCCGUCAUCGUCAGCAGGCAGUCAAGACAGCUUUCGAGCAUUCGUGGGAGGGUUACAAGCAGAAUGCAUGGAUGUACKAUGAGGUGGCUCCUUUGACGGGCAAGGCCAAGAACCCGUUUGGCGGCAGAGGUGCAACUUUGGUGGAUACCCUCGACACGCUACACAUCAUGGGCUUGGAUAAAGACUUCAAGGAUGCGCUGUCGAGCCUGAAGAAGAUUGACUUCUCGAUAAGUACCCUCACCGAGGUGAAUGUGUUCGAGACUACCAUUCGUUAUUUGGGUGGACUCCUCAGUGCAUAUGAUGUCAGUGGACAUCGACACAAGAUCCUGCUUGAGAAGGCCACGGCUUUGGGCGAGAUGUUGUACCUUGCCUUUGACACACCAAAUCGAAUGCCUGUGGCGAGGUGGAAAUGGCAGAGCACUGCUCUUGGUUAUGAUCAGCAAGCUAAGAAGCAAACGCUCCUCGCUGAGAUUGGGAGUUUGACGCUGGAAUUCACGCGUUUGAGCCAGCUCACCAAGGACCCGAAAUACUAUGAUGCAAUUGCCCGUAUCACGAACGUUUUCGAGGAAUGUCAGAACAGGACAUCGUACCCGGGACUCUGGCCAACGAACUUGAACGCAUUGGAAGCUGACUUUGAGACCGGCCUUAAAUUCACCCUCGGUGGAAUGGCCGACUCCAUGUAUGAGUACCUCCCUAAACAGCACAUUUUACUUGGCGGCCAAACAGACCAAUACAAGAACAUGUACAUUUCCGCCCUCGAGACGGCAAAGGAGAAGAUAUUCUUCCGCCCGCUCACACGGGACAACAAGAAGAUACUCGUUCCAGGCACGGUGAAGAGAUCGCCCGGUCGUUCAAAGCUUCUUUCCCUUAUACCGCAGGGUGAACAUUUAGCUUGCUUUGCAGGUGGAAUGGUGGCUCUCGCUGCCAAGAUCUUCCAGCAAGCUGACGAGCUGCAAACUGCACGUGAGCUGGUCGACGGCUGCUUGUGGGCGUACGAAUCUAUGCCUACCGGCAUCAUGCCUGAACUCUUCACUGCCAUGCCUUGUGAAGAAGCGGACCGAGAGAAAUGUACAUGGGACGAAAAAGCCUGGCAAAAAGCUGUGCUGUACCAGUCACAUCGCGGACUUGUAGAGGUUGGCGAAUCAUAUGUGGAGGAGGCAAAGAGUGUCAUUGCGGAAAGCUCGCUCGUGCCUGGAUUUACACGUGUCGACGAUGCAAGAUACAUUCUCAGACCAGAGGCGAUUGAGUCUGUCUUUGUCUUGUAUCGCAUCACAGGAGAUCAGACGCUGCAGGAUAAAGCGUGGGAGAUGUUUCAGGCUAUUGAUGCUGCGACCAGGACGGACAUUGCGUAUGCUGCGUUGAAGGAUGUCUCCAAGCCGGAUUUGGGACAUUUGGAUACCAUGGAGUCGUUUUGGACUGCGGAGACGCUCAAGUACUUCUACCUGAUAUUCAGUGAGCCCGAUCUCAUCAGUCUAGACGACUAUGUCUUCAAUACCGAAGCGCAUCCUUUGCUACGACCCAAGUAG